AGAGUCGAUGGUGCGGGUCCAGCCAGGGUCCACCUACUGACACGGCGCCCAAAGGCUGUGCUGGACGGACGAAAGGUGCUGCCUUUACCCUAGCGGGCCUCUCGGCUCUGCGCCGGGAGGGUCCCAUCAGGCGGGCUUUGGGCACCCAUCCCCUCGUCGCACAGCGCGCUGGGGGCCUGGGAGCAGCCUGGCUGAGAGUCUUGGCCCAGGUCGGGCAGCCGCAGAAGAGGCAGCCCCUGCGCCCAGGGCAGAAAGGAAUCCAGAAGCAGCGAAGAUCGAUGUCCCGCCGGGGAUUCCCACGGCCACAACCACUGCCCUCUGCGGCCUUCGUCCCCCACCCCUCGCCACGGGAGGGCUAAGGGCUCACCCCCGAGGCGGCGAGGCCGGGAGCCGAGGACCCCGGGGGCCCGGGGCGAGGGAGCGGCGUGCUAGAGGCAAGCUCCCCGCCUCCUCCCCGCCCCGCCCGGGAGUCUGAAACGCUCCCACCGGACCGGGAGGAAGGGACGCGAGCCCUCCCUGGGCGCGGCCGGCGAAGGUGGGCCCCGUCCCCGCCCCCACACGCCCGCCAAGCGUCGCCGGGCUGCCCGGCGAUGACGCGCGCCCCGCGUGGGGACGAGAAGGACCAGCCGGGCGGGCCAGCGACACCUCCCUGGGGCUGGGCUCCGGGCCCGUCGUGGGGGGCCUGCCAGCCCCGCCCAGGCCUGAAGUCCGACCCUGCCCGGGUCCCCCCCCCCCCCCCCCGGAAUGCCGGCCCCGCGCCCGCCCGCGGGAGCCCCCACUCCGGCCCUGCUCCUGCUCCCCAGCGCGCCGGAGCGCCAGCUCUGCGCCGCCCGCCCCUUUGCCCCCAGCUCGCCCUGCGCCCCUAGCCCGCUGGAACCCCGACUCCGCCCCUGCUCCCCCCGCCCGCUGGAGCCCCGACUCCGCCCCUGCUUCCCCCGCCCGCGCGAGCGCCGACUCCGCCCGCUGUUCCCCGCCCGCCGCCGCGGCCACGAGUCCGGGGCUUUCGUGCGCUUGGGCGCCAGGCUUGGGGAGCUCGGCGAGGCCGUGGACCUGCGUCUGCCCCACCCCUCCCAGCCCUUCCGAACAGUGCCCAAGAUCGGGGCUGGAGCGGGCACACACCAGCAGCAGGCGCCCUCCCUGGCUGGGUGACCCAGAGCCGCGCAGGCUGGGGGCCAUCACCCGACUCUAGGCAGGAAAUGGAGGAAUAGCAGAUUUUACAGGCUCGCUGUCGUCAGCGCUGAAUCAUACAGAGCGGGAAGCGCCCCUAGCCUCCGCAACACUGAAGCUGCUGGAGGCAGGUGCCCAGUGCCCAGCCGGCCCCUGAGUCCUCACGGCAGGAACGGAAAGUUCUGGAUGUGGGCUGGCUAAUAUUCCUGGUCACCAUCUUUCCCCCCCGCCCUCCCAGCAUCACCAACCAGCAAGGGCCAGUCUCUUGGCCUUCCUUUUUGUGUGGUCCGGAGAUCUGUCAUGAUUCCCCAGCCCGCCCCAGCCGCAAGCCCCUCGGGCUGGGGCAGGGGUCUCAGCGCGGAGUGUGCCCUGAGCGAGGUGGGCGGGAAUGGAGCAGGAGGACCCUCCGUGUGCUGGUUGUGUGGCUGCCGGAAGACAGCCCACCCCACCCCACUGUCUGUCAAACGGAGGGCAGCGUGGAUCCCAGGGCCCGGGGCUCCGGUAUCUCCUCCCAAGGGGCAGCUGUGUCCCCCACCGAGCUGUUGUCU